AUUCCACCAUUGUUAACUAAGUUCACGCUGCUUGCAUCAGCACUCACCGGCAAAGUUUCUGUUAGCCGCCUGGCUUCUUUCAUACUCUAGAUAUUUUUUGUAAAAGCACUUUGAGCUGUUUAAUAGUCGAGAAGCUGUCAACGGCCAAAUGAAGCUUUUCGUAAGCGAAGGCAACCCUCACUGUCUGAAGGUGUUAGCAGCGCUGGAACUGACUGGGGUUAAGUGCGACGUUCAGUAUGUCAACCACGAAGAAAAAGUGGUGCAAUUUCUCAAUCAUCCAGCUUUGCCAGCUCUGAUUCUCCCCGCUGGACAACAACUGUUUAGUGCAAACGCCAUUUGCAGAUACCUGUUUGAGGUGAGUGGACAAAACUACAACGACCACUGCAACCAGUGGCUUGAAUGGGAAGUCACCGUUCUUCAGCCUGCACUUCUGCGGGCUCUUCGUACGGCAGUGCUGCAGGGUAAAGGAUCAGAUGUGUCCCAGAUCCUUCAGAGUCCCCUGAACUUCCUGGAUCAAAGCUUACUGAAGGGAAGCAAGCCAUAUCUAACCGGGGAAGCUGUUUCAGUGGCUGACAUCGUUUUAUGGGGCGCACUGCAUCCCAUUUUAUCCGAUUCAUCAUUUACGUUAGGGGAGCACAACUCUGUGAAGACCUGGUUUGACCAGGUGGCUGCUGUGCACAGUUGUCAGUCUGCGGUGCAGAAAGUGCUGCAGGGGAAAGGCCUGCAGGCCAUGAAGAGCUACAUGCAGAGGCAGCCCGCUCCUCAAAACAGCCAGUGCAGAGACGCGCAGCCAUGCAAUAACAACCCUGCUGAGAGUGAGGAGCGCCAGCAUUUCGUUUCAGAAGAGGAGUGUGAAGCCGCUGUUCUCGCCUGGAAUACAGGUUUGAGCUCCUGUCCAGCACCAGACAGGCAACACCCCAUUUUACCACAGGAGGGAAAACGAAACGUCCUUGUGACCAGUGCGCUGCCUUACGUCAACAACGUCCCCCACCUGGGUAACAUCAUCGGCUGCGUCCUCAGUGCAGAUGUUUUCUCCAGGUAUGGCCGGCUGCGACGCUGGAAUAUGCUGUUUGUUUGCGGCACAGAUGAGUACGGCACAGCGACGGAGAACAAGGCCAGAGAGGAGGGCUUGACCCCCAAACAGAUCUGCGACAAGUACCAUGCUGUCCACUCCAGCAUCUACAGCUGGUUCCAGAUUGACUUUGACUUCUUUGGCAGAACCACCACGGAGAAGCAGACAGAGAUAGCUCAAAAUAUUUUCUGGCGACUCCACAAGCACGGAUACCUUGUGGAGGACACAGUGGAGCAACUUCGCUGUGAAAACUGCCAGCGUUUCUUGGCUGACCGCUUCGUAGAAGGAACAUGUCCCCACUGCAGCUACCCGGAAGCCCGCGGCGAUCAAUGUGACAAGUGUGGGCGCCUCAUUAAUGCUGUGGAGCUAAGGGAUCCGCAGUGUAAGGUCUGCAGGCAGACUCCGGUAAUCCGUUCCUCCAAACACCUUUUCCUCGACCUGCCAAAGCUUGAAUCCCAGCUGGAGCAGUGGUUGGAGAAGUCAACCAGCACAGGAGAUUGGACAACAAAUGCCAAGCAGAUCACUCACUCCUGGAUCAGAGAUGGACUCAAACCUCGUUGCAUCACUAGGGACCUGCAUUGGGGAACACCUGUACCUCACCCUGACUUCAAAGAGAAGGUGUUCUAUGUGUGGUUUGAUGCCCCCAUUGGUUAUCUGUCCAUCACUGCCAACUACACCAGUGAAUGGGAAAGGUGGUGGAAGAACCCUCAACAGGUGGAGCUGUACAACUUCAUGGCCAAAGACAAUGUGCCAUUCCACAGUGUUGUGUUCCCCUGCUCCCUACUGGGAGCCCAGGACAAUUACACUCUGGUCAACCACCUUGUUGCCACUGAAUAUCUAAACUAUGAGGACACAAAGUUCUCCAAGAGCCGUGGUACUGGUGUGUUUGGAGACAUGGCCAAGGACACUGGAAUCCCAUCAGAUGUGUGGCGGUUCUAUCUCCUAUAUGUUCGUCCAGAGGGGCAAGAUUCAGCUUUCUCAUGGGCUGACAUGGCCAUGAAGAACAACUCUGAACUUCUCAACAACCUGGGCAACUUCAUUAACAGAGCCGGCAUGUUUGUUACCAAGUUCUUUGAAGGAUGUGUGCCCGUGAUGGAGCUCCAGCGCGAGGACAAGGAGCUCUUGGCUGUGGUGGGCUGGGAGCUGCAGCAGUACAUUCAACUUAUGGACAAAGUCAAAAUCCGGGAUGCCCUCAAACACAUCCUUAAUAUCUCUCGCCAUGGAAACCAGUACAUCCAAGUCAAUCAACCUUGGAAGAAGAUCAAGGGAGAAGAAUCAGAAAGGCUUCGCGCUGGCACUGUGACUGGUGUGGCUGUGAACAUUGCCUGCUUACUGUCAGUGAUGCUGUUGCCGUACAUGCCACUGGUCAGCCAAACCAUCCGGGAUCAGCUCAACGCUCCUCAGUCUUGCGUCUACACCAUGUUGCAAGGCAGCGGCACCUUUGUAUGUUCCCUGAGCGCAGGCCACCGCAUUGGUACGGUCAGUCCCUUAUUCCAGAAACUGGAGGCGGAACAGAUAGAAGCUUUGAAGAAGCGGUUUGGUGGACAGCAGCCUGAAGAUGAGCCGUCUAAUCUGAAGGCGCCACUUCAGAGCACUCCCAGCACUCCUGCUGCUGCUCCUGCAGCUGCCAUUAAAGUGGCAGCGGUGGAGGGGCUGGACUCGGAGAAAGCAGAGCAGCUGGUGAAGGCUGUGGCGGAGCAGGGGGACAAGGUUCGAGCACUGAAAGCCCAAAAGGCAGAGAAGGAUGUGAUCGCAGCAGAAGUGUCUAAACUGUUGGAGCUGAAGACACAGCUGGCUCUGGCUGAAGGAAAGAACCUCGAGCCCACAUCUAAGAAGGGCAAGAAGAAAUGAUUCACUAAAGGAAAGCAAACACAUAAAAAAAAAAAGAGAGAGAAAAAGGUGGCAGUUAGAGGUAUGUUCAUGGAGAAUGGGAACAAGAUGUACACUGAGAGAUGAGGGUAUUAGCUUAAGGCAAAUCCGUGAAAGGAUCUAAGACAAUGCAAUGUUGGCUGGAUAGGGAGGCUGUGGUGAAAACACACAAAGAAACAGUCCAAUGAAUAGAUCUGCUGCAUAAAGGGAUUUUUCCCAAAUCCAUGAAGCAGAAAAAAAUGAUUUUAUACGAUCUAUACAUAAUUACUAUUGGAAGAUGUGUUGUACAUCUAAAGUUGUUUUUAUAUUAUCUGGAAAAGUAUGUGUUUUUGCUACAAAUGCCCAUCUCUGAUCCUUAAAAUAAAUUUAGUUCAGCACAAAA